AUGGCCGCACAAUCGACCCUGCGAGGGCCUCCUGAUGCGCUCCUCGCCCUCUAUGAGCGCUAUGCCACGCUCGUCAAGUCGCGCAUCGGCGGCGCCUCGAAGCUCACCAAGCUGCUGUCGACGGUGACGCUGCUCUUCACCAUCAUAGGCGCCGGCUAUGCAAGUCGCCGGUGGUACACGAGCAGCCGCGCGGACAAGGAGACGGGCAGGCGGCUGCUGAGGCGCAACUCGGCCCUCAAGAACAAGGACGGCAGCCGGACCAUCUACGUGCCCUACCGCGACUCGACCUCCAAGGUGGUCAUCCACCCUACCAAGCCCACCACCUUCGAUGCCCACCGCCGUCUGUUCCUGCAGCCCCCACGCGCCGCGAGGAUGCACGACGCGACGAACGCACAAGCGCCGCCGCCGCAGACCAAGCCGGGCCUCAAUCUGGCCUUCCUGCACCAGUUCCUCAGCCUGCUGAACAUCAUGGUGCCGCGCUGGAACAGCAAGGAGACGGGCCUGCUCGUCAGCCAUGGCGUGUUCCUCAUGCUGCGCACCUAUCUGUCCCUGCUCGUUGCCCGCCUCGACGGAGAGAUUGUCCGCGACCUGGUCGCCGGCAACGCCAAGGCCUUCCUCUGGGGCAUCUGCAAGUGGCUCGGUGUCGGCACCUUUUCCUCGUACACGAAUGCCAUGAUCAAGUUCCUGCAGUCCAAGGUCUCCAUCGCCUUCCGCACACGGCUCACGCGCUACAUCCACGACCUGUACCUGAACGACCACCUGAACUACUACAAGCUGUCCAACCUGGACGGUGGCGUUGGCCAGGGCGCAGAUCAAUUCAUCACCCAGGAUCUGACCCUGUUCUGCGCUUCGGCCGCAUCGCUGUACUCGUCGCUGGGCAAGCCGUUUGUUGACCUGUGCGUCUUCAACUACCAGCUCUUCCGCUCUCUAGGACCCAUCGCUUUGACUGGACUGCUGAGCAACUACUUCUUGACCGCCACCAUACUCAGGAAACUGUCACCGCCCUUCGGCAAGCUGAAGGCUGUCGAGGGCAGAAGAGAAGGCGACUUUCGCGCUCUCCACUCCCGUCUCAUCGCCAACGCCGAAGAAGUGGCCUUUUACGGCGGCGACCAAAUGGAAAAACACUUCCUCGAGAGGGGGUUCAAGGACCUCAGGCACUGGAUGGAGGGCAUCUAUAGCUUGAAGAUCAGAUACAACAUGCUCGAAGACUUUGUCCUGAAGUACUCCUGGUCUGCCUUUGGCUAUCUCAUAACCUCACUCCCUGUCUUUCUCCCCGCCUGGGGUGGCCUCAACGCCGGCCCCGAACUACCGGCCAUCUCUGGUGUGGAGAAGCAAGGGCGCGAGCGAAACCGCAUGAAAGACUUCAUCACGAACAAACGUCUCAUGCUCUCCCUCGCCGACGCAGGCGGCAGGAUGAUGUACAGCAUCAAGGAUCUGUCUGAACUCGCAGGCUAUACAUCGCGCGUCUACACACUGAUCAGCACACUCCACCGUGUCCAUGCGGACGCAUACUCUGCACCACCAGGAACACGUCCAGAACUGUACUCUGUCAGCGACAUUCAAGGCACCGUUCACCGCGGCUUCGACGGCCUGCGCCUCGAACACGUGCCCGUCGUUGCGCCAGCUCUGCACCCGCGCGGCGGCGAAGAACUGCUAGAGUCUCUGUCUUUCAUCCUUCACUCGGGCGAGCACCUCCUCAUCACUGGCCCCAAUGGCGUAGGGAAAAGCGCCGUGUCACGCAUUGUCGCGGGCUUGUGGCCGACAUACCGCGGCCUCGUCUCGCGCCCACGCUCCAUCGGCACGGAUGGCAUCAUGUUCUUGCCGCAACGGCCCUACCUGUCCACCGGCACCCUUCGCGACCAGGUCAUCUACCCACACACGGCAGUCGACAUGAAGGACGCGGGGCGGCGAGACUCUGAGCUUCUCGCCGUUCUCGAGGAAGCCAAGCUAGGAUACAUUCCCGAUCGAGAGGGCGGAUGGGACACGAAGAAAGUAUGGAAAGACGUCUUCAGCGGGGGCGAAAAGCAGCGCGUCGGCAUCGCGCGUCUUCUGUAUCACGAGCCGCGCUACGCAUUCGUCGACGAGGGGACCAGCGCUGUUUCCAGCGACGUCGAGGGCCUGCUGUACGAGCGCUGCAAGGCCAGAGGAAUAACCCUCAUCACGAUAUCCACCCGCGCCUCGCUCAAAAGAUACCACACGCACCUCCUGACCCUCGGCCUCGGCGAGUCAGGCGAAGAGUGGGAGUUCCAGCGCAUCGGCACCGCGUCAGAGAAGAGCAGCGUCGAGAAAGAGCUCGCCGAGCUCCGGGAGCGGCUAGCCAAGGUCGAGGCGUGGAAGGCGCGCAGGACCGAGAUCGAGACGGAGCUGGAGAGGGUGUGGGUCGAGGGCGGAGACGAGCUGAGUCCGCCGCCGUAUGCGGAGACGGUGGAUGUGGAGAGCUCGGCGGGCAGUGCCGACGUCGCUCUCGAGGGCGAUGCGAGCCCCGUGAGCCAAGACGACGAGGCGGCAGGUGAAGCAGCACGCGAAGCAUUGGGUGGUGCUUUGGAGGAUCGAGUCACCGGCGCCGAGAGUUCAUCCGGCUCCUCCAGCUCCUGGAACCCUGCUCACCGGCCAUCAUAG